GCAUAGUAACUGCUUCUGUAGACGCUGUUAAAGCAUCUGGAUCUCUCGCAUGAAUUAUGUGUUGAGUGGAUGGUUAAUGUUGAAAGACUCGGAACGGAAUUAAGCACUUCAUUAAUUCAUAAUUUGUUUGGUAUAGACAGUCAGGGCAUCUGCGUGUUUGAACACAGUCGGGAGGGAAAAUAGGUCUCCGAUGAGAUGCAUACUGGCUGAGUGGAGCAGACAACGUUAAUAAGGCAAGAAGCGGCAGAGAAAAGGCGUCGCUCUUCAACUAUAUAGCGCGCAUUUUUUUCAUUCGCAUAAUAUCCCACGGAGCGAAAGCAGCAUGCAUACCAAACAACACACGAUUUGACCAGGCUCUUCUCGACGCUUACUACCUUAAUCAUACAACAAAUCGAGGGAAAUACAGUCGUGAACAAUUUGGAUGUUUCAUCUUUGUACAUUGCCAUACUCAGCUGAAUUGUCGUUUUGUUGUUGAAAGAAGAGUAUAAUGGUAAAGAUGGAGAUAACUCGAAUUAUCGCGAGUCUGGUCAGGAGCAUGGAAUUUCUGUCUCUUCUCAUAUUAGGAUUAUCAGUAUCAGCAUACUCCGAUGAAGUUAUGGAAUAUCUAAUGCCGAGUGAGACAUGUGGCUAUACAGUAGAUCUAGGAGAUCAAUACAAAGUGACUUCAAGAGGUACCGGGCAAGGUGAAGCACCACCAGAUAUAACAUCCAGCGAUGAUGGCGCUGUCACCUACGUACCUUCGUAUGAUGAUAACGUCGACUGUCAAAUUCAUUUUAGAACCACAGGAAACAAGACAUUCUUCAUCAGAAUCACUCAUUUCAAUCUCGAGCUAUCAAAUCAAUGUGAGAAUGACGCUCUUGUAAUGUACGAUGGUGCCAGUUCUGACAACUCGGUGCUGGCUAAGAAGUGUGGAGAAACCUUAGCGCUACCAAACUACUUCUAUUCAAAAGGACCCGAUCUCACAGUCAAGUUUAAAACCAACAACCUAAAUAACAGCUUUACUGGUUUUGUGAUGCUCAUCACUCCAUAUUGGCUACCAGGUGAUGGAGAAAAUUGCUCCGCGGAUGAAAUGGCGUGUAAACUGUCCGGGAAAUGCUUUACUAAAGAUGCUUAUUGCAACAAGUUAAAUCAAUGUGAGGACUCAUCGGAUGAACCGGGACUGACUGUAUGCAGUAGCGCAUCUCGUUUGUGCGGAAGUAAAAUAAUAGGAUUCAUGCUAGCCUUAUUCAUCACAUACAUCUUCAGUGCUACUAGUCACGUGACCAACAGACCUCGUCGCCGUUCCACCAUGGAUCAUACAAUCUAGCUUUCUUCACACGUCACAAAUUAUGAACUACAUCAAGACCACCGUAAAAUCAUCUUUGUUGUUAAGGGCCCUAGGGUCUGUCAGAGGGGUACACCUGGUUGAAAAUAAUACGAUUUGAACAGAAAAAGAACAUCAGACCAACGAAACUAGGAAAGUUUCAUCAUAUCGGACAAGGAAUAACAAGUUGUGACAUUUUAAAGCUUUGCAUUAUAUCGGCGAAUCAAGUUCUAUGCAUGUCUUCGUGAAUAUUGAUUGAGCAAACUGGUGAUGUCAAAUCCGCACUCGUUCUUUUGUAUUUUACAUGAAAUUAUGUUAAUUCAAAUUUUGUCUUCGAAGAACUAAAAAUAAAAUUGGUUGACAACUGAUUUAAUGCAUUAGAUAUCCAUUGCUGAAACUUAUUUCAUUAUGAGGGAGACACAUCAAACACACAUGUAUGAAAAUAUAAAAUUAUUAUGAUUUCAUGUAGUAACAUAAGAAAAAGAAAAGUCGGGAUGUAACAUCAUCCACCUAUCUAAUGAAUAUUCGUGACGAUGUAAUUGUUUUUACAAAAAAUAGUGUUGAACUUUACAAUUUAAUAACUUAGUUAUUUGUUAUCAGAUUUUGAUGACAUUUUUUUGCUCUGCAUGACCUUUACUCUAUUCAUUCAGAUAUAAUUAUUUUCAACCCGUAGUAUCCCUUUAAAGAAUCCUAGAGUUUACCCAUAAUAAUUCAAGAGAAUAAAGAAGAACAUUUCCUUUUACGUUUCUUUGGAAAAUGUGAUUGAAGGAAAGUUCGUGACCGAGUUAAUGUCCAGUAUUUUUGUGUAAGAAUCAAAACAUAUACAGCACCUUUAUAAUACUUAUAAACUGUGAAUUAACUAGAGAUUUUACACAAAACAUAAUCAUGAAAGCUAAGCUAUCUAUAAAUAGUAUUGGUAGAGCGUACGCCUCAUGAACGGGAGGUUGUGGGUUCGAUCCUCAGCCGAGUCAUACCAAAGACUUAUAAAAAUGGGAUCUUCUGCCUUCUUGCUAGGCGCUCAGCAUUUAGAUCGGAGAAGGAUAAUAAUAACAUGGUAAUAACAUUAUGUUCCAAUAUUAUUUCUGCACAUUCACAACUACUAAGAUUAUAUCAAAAGGUUCCUCUUGAGAUUCCAAUUAACCUCGGUCAUGUAAACAACUUUAAAUGCUAAUAUUUCCUUCGUCUCUUAUCCUUUCAGAAAGGCAGUAGAAUUAUCUUAAAUACAUUUAUUCGGCAUCUGAAAAGAUGUCGAUUUUCAUGAUUCACUUGAAUUCAGUGACAUAAUAUAAAAUACAUUAUCCAACAGAAAUGAGUACACCCCUCUACGGAGCCUUUAAAGUGCCAUCGACUUGACGAGAUACUUUAUCUUGCCAUGUCGACAUAAUAACCUUGUUAUGUCGACAUGGCAAGAUACGUCAUUUCGUCAAGUCGACUUAUAAAAGGUUAUAUGUCGACAUGGCGAUAUACGUUAUCUUGCCAAGUUGACUUAUAAAAAGUUAUAUGUCAACAUGGCGAGAUAUUUUAUCUUGCCAAGCCGACUUAUAAAAAGUUAUAUGUCAACUUGGCGAGAUAUUUGGACUUUCGCCGGGCCUUGGACACUUCAUAUCUUGCCAUGUCGACAUAUAAUGUUUUAUAAGUCGACUUGGCAAGAUAAAAUAUCUCGCUAUGUUGACAUAUAACGUUUUAUAAGUCAACUUGGCAAGACACCGUAUCUCGCCAUGUCGACAUAUCACUUUGUAUAAGCCGACUUGGCGAGAUAACGUAUCUCGCCAUGUCGACAUAAUAAGGUUAUUAUGUCGACAUGGCAAGAUAAAGUAUCUCGCCAAGUCGUCGAGUCGAUGGCACUUUAAAAGGCCCUUACGGAGCCUUUAAAGUGCCAUCGACUUGACGACUUGGCUAAGUGUAAGUUUACGCGAUAUAACUCGAACACUCAAUUAACAUCAACUUAAAGUAUAUGAAACGCUGUGACUCUAGAUCAAUGUAGAAAGAAAUUGCAUAAUAAUAACAUUAGAUAGGUUAGGGGUAGAGAGGAUAUUCUCUUUUUUCCCGGUGGACGAAAAUGCUAUUGAUGAAGGGAUGAUCCUGUUUACCAUGGAGUCCAUCCUUCAUUAAAAAAAGUUUAUUAAAAUAUUAAUAUCUUCCUUGUCUCACUCUCUCUAUCAUAUUUCUCCCACUCUCUUCCUUGCUGUUAACAUCAUCUUGGACUUGGAGUUCUAUUUUAAUAGUUUAUAUAAUGCUUGCAUUACGUAAAAAAAAAGAAGGACAACAUUAUAACGUCAAUAAUUAGGAUACAAAACAUCUUGUAGCAUUCGUCAUUUUAGAUGUUGACUUAAAUGUAUAUUACUGGGAGGAGUAGGUGUAAAUAAUUAUUAUGAAUAUAUCAACGCACUGGCUGCUAAACAAAAUUUAAGAAUGUACAUACAUUUUAAAGAAGCAUUUUCAUACUUAUCUUGGAAGCUAGGUAGUCAACCGUUGUAAAACAGUUUCGUGCCACUUUGUUCAUAGAUGCCAUAUGCUAACAUCUGAUUUUACAUUCGAUUGAAGGAAAUAUAUAUGAUCUGUUGUUUUUUACUAAACAAAUUAAUCAUUUAAUAAACUCAAGAUUAAUGUAUUUGAUGAAAUCCGAUGAAUGGAAGUGAAAAUUUUCUAUGUAAACUUUUGAUUAUGGGUAAUAACUUAAUUAUCUUUUUUUUUUUUAGAGCUCAACC